GAUACUAUGUCACCAAAUAUCGAUACGAUUUUUGGAAUAUUUGUUAUUAACGUUAAAAUGUUAUUAUUAGUCUUUUUAGGAUGUUUUUCUUUAUGUAUUUCCAUUGUUCGAUCACAUAAUAUUUAUGUUGGUGAAACUAUACUUUAUAUGUCAUAG